AUGUACUUUGUUUUCUUGUUAUCAUUAAAGGUAGGUGCUCCUGAGGAUAAUUCUGAGGUGUUGAAUAAAGGAGUCAAGCUGAAGGACUCUUUAAAACCAGACCUGGAAAAUGUGAAAUCCUAUGAUGGUUACUCACUUGCUAGGCUUGACCAGUGGGACUUGGAUGAUGCCCUUAAAAAUCUAAAAGAGAACAAGCUGUCUUUGCAACCCCAUGUAACAGUGGCACCCCUGAAAACACAUCAAGGUGGUGGCACAGACAAGUUGCAGGAGAAUAUAAUGGAUAAAUUAGCUACUUUCUGUAAGAAUCAGACUGCGUCUGUGUUAGAACCUGUGAGUCCAGACUCCGACAAAAAAAAUAGAAUGUCGAGCAGAUCAGUGGAAAAGUGUGGAAUAGAUUUGCAGUUAAGCCACCAGGAAUGUUCCACUGUUUAUAUUGACCUGCGUUGCCCUGAUCCCUCAGUAAAACCAUCAAGAACAUCCCCAAAUCUUCCAUCAGAGACGUCAGCCAAACACAACAACACUCACCAGAAAACAUCACCUGCAAAGAAAAACAAUUUCAAAGUGCACCGUGGAUUGCAUAUGGGAGGCAGGGAAGAGACUGGAAAGAGUAUGUUGCUUAAAAAAAUAAGGGAGAUGAAUAGAAAUGAGAAUAAAUAUCCUGAUAAAUGUAUGCGUCAUCCAGAGCUCGGCGUGGAAGCAAGCACAGAUGUUAAGUCAGAACAUCUGUGGGUAGAUAAACAAUCCGAACCUGAAGUGGAAAGCCCACAAACUGUUUUAGGAAGUUUAGUUAAAGAACCAAAACAGCAGAGGGACCAACUAAGACGACGGGUUAAGAAGGCGUCUCACCAUGAACAAGCCCAGGAAACUCUUAGGCAGCUGGAAAAACAUUGUCCAACCAAAUCUGUGUCCGGGAAGCAGCCAGCUGCCGAAAGGACUGAUGUUCUCUAUGAGUUUGAAGCAUCUCAGCAAGAGCCAAUCAGCACACUACCAGCAGGUAUUGAAAGUAAGGGCUCUAUGCUGCUGAAAGUCAACCUCUGCAGUCCUGGUGUGAUAGAAGACAGAGGACAUGGGAAGAGAAAAUAUCCAGCUGCAACCAAAUUACACAUCUAUAACACUUUAGUGGCAUGGUUUCUGUCUCUGGUCGGUCCAGAGCCACGUAGCAGUGAAGACGAGAUCAGUGCAAAGGUCCCAUUCUGGGUUGCAGGACUUCACCAGCUGUGGACAGAAGAUGGACUGGCUUUGAAUGUUUUAAUUGUGGCUCGUCACUGUUAUCCAGCAAGGAAACGGGACACAGACGUCUAUGCACCUUUCUAUAAUAAUGUCUGCAGGUUCCUCUCUGAGACCUCACUCACUGCAAUUACCAGCUGGCUGCCUCACCUUAAAAACCUGUUGGACCAGCAACCCUGCACCUCUCCCAUCCACCUCCCUUCAUCCUGUUUAAAUUGUUUUAUCUCUGCCACCUCCAACCAAACGGUCAUAGAGAGGACAUUUGGUCUAAGUCCAGGUUUUUACUGGCAGACAGUUGAAACUCGGGAUCGUGCUUUUAAGGGGAAAGAGACCACACAGGAGGUGCACACAGAGGUGUCAGUUGUUCUGGGGUCCAGUGGCUUCUUUCAACAUCCUCUUCUAACACACUACACCCUCCAGCUGGUCCUAGACUCAGGACUCGAUGUGUGUGGUCUCCGGCUGCUUUAUCCACCGCAGGAGCUUCUGAGUGAGCGCUUUGGUAGAACAGCGGGUAGUCUGAGAGACCAUGAGCCCUGUCAUCCCGUUGUUACUCUAGCAGUCCGAGGUCCUUAUGCCCACUCCUUGUUGAAGGACAUAACUAGUUCCUUAGAUUCUCUGCGGCCCAAAAAGGCAGAAACCACUUCCAGCAAUGGUCUACACUGCAGAGAUCAAGAACCACCAUUCAUCUAUUCACCCCAACUGACCAGUCAGGUCCACAGUGAGCUGUGCCUGUGGUUUUCAGGAAGACUGCGGGGAGGAAGUGCACAGGAUCAUAACAGAAGUGUGCCUUCAGAUAACAGAGCUGGAACCAUCCUGUCUAAUCCAAGCAGAUCAUCUUCUUUCCUGUGUGCCACAACUAAAGCUGAUUUCCUCCUCUUGGUGUCACCUGUUGUUCCUCCAUGCUGCUAUGGCCAAGUGCUGGCUGUAUGUGAACGCAGAGGCUUCAGUCUUAGAGGGCUGCAGAGACUGCAGGUUCAUAGCCAUGGGGCCUCCCUCCUGGGCCUCAACAGCUUCCAGGCAUCUGUGUUCUGCAGUCCACCUGCUUCCACUCCAGAUCAAAAAGAGCUAGAGCUGCCCACUCACUGUCUCGUGUUACUGCUGAGAAAAGAAAAUGCAUCGCGUCACAGUGUCGGUCUACCAUCAGCGCUAAUGAAAGAAUUCAAAGCUCUAAAGCUUCUGGGUUACAUUCACUCAGGAAAGGAUGGUGUUCACACAUCAGAGCCAAGCUUGUGUUUCCACACUGUACCGAUCAACAAGAACUUAGUCCAAAACUUUGUUAGUUGCAUGUGGGCAGUGCCAAAUCCCUCCAGUGUGAUCCUGUCUCAUCACAGGUGUUCAUUCAGACCUGACAUGGAGCAGGUAGUAGUUUUGACUCUGUGUGGGAAGGACUUGACCCAAGGCCUCAGCCUCCUAAACAGAGUGCUGAUAGAAGAAGAAGGUGAUGAACAACAUGCUAGAUUUAGGCUCCUCAGCCUGAAGUGGCUUCCUGUGCUGACUCGACUUCAAGCCCAGGAGCUGAGCCCGUAUGAGGUGGGAGAUCCGCUCUGCUACACCAGCAUGGAAACGCUGAUGUCUUCUCCAGCUCUAGUGUGUGCUUUGAGAGGAUUUGCUGAUUUUUCUUCGUUGAGGACGCUCCUACCACAUGACUGUCCUCAAAGCCUGAGUGUCCUCAUGUCUCCCACACCUGAGGUGGCCCUCAGACAAGCCUCCAUUUUUUUCUUCGAGCAUGAAAUGAUUCCCGACCCACAGAUGCUGCUCACCGUGUGCCUGUUGAAACCACGAGCUUGGAAUCACAGUCUCACUAAAAUAGUCGGCAAACUUCAGCAGAGUGGCCUCACGUUGGUGGGCAUACAGGUAGUGACCCAUGACAAAAGUGGUGCUACUUCACUGCUGCGUGCAGAAAGUGGGCACAACCUGUGCUCUGGCCCCUCGCUGGCUCUCUGCCUUCAGGGAGAAAAUGCUGUGAAGAGGCUGCUGGACAUGCUGAGCCAAGAGGACUCUUCAAUGUGGAUGACCUGUCAUGGAUCACGAUCGUAUCAGCAGGCAAUUAUGGAUGUGAGGAGGUUUUUUCCUGAGGGGCUCUGCUGUACUGAGACCAACACAAUGAGACAGGAGCAGAUACUCAGCUUAUGUUCAGACCCAAUAGCCUCCGUAGAGCGUCAGCGGAGCUGCACACUGACUCAAGCGGCUCGGGAAAGUCUUUCAGUCUCCUCUGAAUCACGACCAAAUGGAGGGUCCCUGAAGCACAGGCAAACAACCUGUCUGCUGAUACCCUUGAACGCUACACCAGGCAGCCAAGUGCCUUCCCAACUGGCGAUAGUGGAGCAGGUGCUGGGAUCAGACUGCCAUCUGGUGGCAGGAAGGAUGAGCAUCCUAGAUGAUGAGCAGCAAAAACAUAUAUCUGAGACACUUAAAGCGUCAAGCAUAAGGGAGAAGAUCAACUCAACUCCUUGUCUCAUCGUGGCUCUCCAAAGAGAAAAUAUCGCAACUGAGUUUGGCCUGAUUCUUAAAAGGAUUUACAAGGAAAGGCCAGACCUGGAGCAAGUAGGGAAAAGCAUAGUCUUCCCAGAAAAUGAAAAAGAGGCUAUGCUGCUGAUAUGCUACCUAUUUGAUACCUUGUCUUCUGAGAGCUGUGAUGUCACUGUGCCAUAAACAUUCAAAUGUGUGCACGUAUAAGCAUAUUUUCCAAAGGUUGCUCCAAAGCAUAGAAAUUUAUAGCUUUCACUUGUUUUACUUUUUAGAUAUUGUUCAAUAAAUAUUUAUUCGAAAACAGGAUUUUGCCUCCUCUGCUAGU